AGGAGGACAUGYWGCUGGUGUAGGUCUUACUGCGAUAAUUACAUGCACACUUAAAAGGAAGGAUUGAUACAGGGCAUUCACAGACUGUGUCAGAGAAUUUGGUGGAAACAAUGGAGGUACUACUAGGGAAAGCUUGYUUGGGCUUUAGGUCACCUGACCUCCAGGAACUCCAAGACUGUAAUGAUAUCUUAGAUAACAGACAUCUAYUAUUAGAACAAUUGCAUGACAAGGGAUAUUUGUUCAUUCGACAACUUCAUGACCGUCAGGARGUACUACAAGCAAGACGAGCUGUACUUGAAUAUUUAAGCCAAGAACAACCCAACUCAUUUGACACUACACGACCACUUGAAGAAGCAGUGUUGAAUAAGGAUAAAGCAACAACUCGGUUUGUUAGCAUGGAGGGAAAAAACACCAUUACACACAGUAAGGCCCUUUUAAAGGUUUUUGAAGGCGAGAGAAUUAAAGCAUUCUUCAGGUUACUUUUUGCUGAGGAGCCUAAAACAUUUGACUACAAAUGGCUCAGGGCUAUACAUCAAGGAGGUUUUACGGGAGCACACGUUGACAACGUUUACAUGUCACGUGGUACAAACAAAUUGCUGACAUGUUGGACACCGAUUGGUGACGUUACUAUGGAUAUGGGAACGCUGGCCAUGUGUGAAGGCUCACAUAGACUUCCUGAAUUUUCUUAUUUCCAAGAAACGUAUGGCAGCAUGGAUUUAGAGAAGGAAGGUGUCGUAGGGUCGGGUUGGUUUACAGAAGAUGCUAAUGAAAUCACAACACGGUUUGGCGGUCAAUGGAAAACUGCUAAUUUUCAAGCUGGUGAUGUUUUAGUUUUUACUCAGAGAACAGUGCACAUGUCGAGUGUUAAUACAAGUCACUAUGCAAGAAUCAGUUGUGAUACAAGGUGGCUUCCAAUGAGUGAAAUAGCUGAUUCAAGAUAUGUWGGUGACUUUGACUCUCCUGAAAGACCGAAAUAUGGUAUUGAGGGCCGAGAAACCAAGACUGGUGAACGAAAUACAACUAUGGACACCAAGAAAAAACAAUGGGGUUUUCUAUAGCUGACUCUUUAAUCAUUAUGUGAUAAAUGAAAUUAUGAAUUCUAUUGGCCGAUCGCAAGACAAAAAUAGARAGAGGGUCAGAACUUCCAAAACUGAUUAACAUAUGGUCAUUCCAGAAAAACAAUAAACCCAUCGUGUGAAAGAACAGAUUUCAAAWGGCUUGGCCAAGUUUCAUGACGUUUGAACGUAUGGCAACAACGUUAUGAGCAUUUAAACCAUGGCAAAAUUACAAAGAAGUGUAUGGUGUUCAGGAAAAGCGUCAAGCAUACAAUGCACUUUUAAACGUUUUGAAAACGUUUAAUAAACGGUAGCUGAUUUCUUAUUAA